AAGGCUCGUGCAAAAUUAGAAGAGUUGAAUAGGCGUACCCAAAUAGUUGAGGAUUCAGGUAAAAGCCUGGAAGCUGAUUAUGGUACAACUGAAGAUCCUGGGUCUCUUUCAACAGCAGUGUUGCCAUCAAGGUCAAAUUUGGUCUCGGGCCAUGUUGUGCAACAAUCCCGCGAGGCAAAGACCACCAUUGGGGGUGAAAUUUGUGAGGGAUCAACUGGAGAGACUAGAACAUGUGCUGUGCCAGAGGUAACAAUCUCAAUUGAGGUAAGUAGUGCAGCAUCGAGCAUGACAACUGAGUCAACCUAUACAAAAAGAAAAAAUAAUAGGAACGGUAAGAAAAAGCAUAAGGUUGAGGAGACAACAACGGAGAAUACUUCCGGACAUGUGACAAAAGAAACAGAAUCUGGAGGCAAAUCAAUUGAGACUGGUAAGGAUAAGGCUGCUGAAACUGAGUUGCCAUCUGACUCAAUUCCAUCUCACAUGGAUUCGAAGGAAUUGGGUGACUCUGCUGAGAAAAUCACUUCCUCGGUUAAGGAAGAGGCCCAAGGCAGAGCUAAGAGCCACUGGAAAUCUCAGCAUUCACGUAGGCCUCAAAGAGGUUCACAGGGCAAUAAGCCUGCUGAGAAGUUUCAAGGCACUGAUGCUGUUAUCUGGGCACCUGUGCGUACACAGCCAAAAGCUGAUAUCCCAGAUGAAGCAAGCUAUAAAGCUGCCGCUGAAUCUGUUGCCUCUGCAAGUAUUGGGCAUCAAGCGCAGAUUAAUUCUAAAAGCAAGAGAGUGGAGUUGGAGAGAUAU